AAACCUUAUUUUGCUUCUGUAAAAGUAGAGAAAUUCUUAUUAUUUUGAGCAUUGUUUGUAGUACAAGGGGAGUGCUUGAAAUCUUGGGUUGUGUUCAGUUGGCAGGAUUGUAUUUGGAGGGGAAAGAUCGUGAGGAAUUGAGAGCAGAUGAACAGGGAAAUGAAACAACACCUGCCAAGUCAACACCUCACAUGUUUUGCAAAACGCUUACAGCCUUAGACACCAGCACUCAUGGGGGGUUCUCAGUCCCUCGCAGAGCUGCUGAAGACUGUUUUCCUCCUUUGGAUUAUAAGCAGCAGAGACCCUCUCAAGAGCUUGUUGCCAAAGACCUGCAUGGUGUGGAAUGGAAAUUUAGACAUAUUUACAGAGGUCAGCCAAGGCGGCAUCUGCUCACUACUGGCUGGAGUAUCUUUGUUAACCAAAAGAAUCUCGUUUCUGGAGAUGCAGUUCUGUUUCUAAGGGGUGAAAAUGGAGAAUUGAGAUUGGGAAUCCGAAAAGCUGCUCGACCAAGAAAUGGUCUUCCUGAAUCAAUUGUUGGUAGCCAGAGUUAUUAUCCCAAUUUCCUUUCUUCUGUGGCCAAUGCUAUAUUCGCGAAAAGCAUGUUUCAUGUUUUCUACAGUCCACGGUACUAUAUUAAUGGAUCAGAUUUUUUGUUUUGCAAAAUGUUUGAACUUCAUACUCUAAUUAUUGGACCUUUGAUUUCCAUUUUGUCGUGGAAACUAUAGAUGAUUCAUUAAUUU